UUAUCGCAGUGAUUACGCCGCGAACGUGUCGAUUUUGGAAUAGAGGAAAGAGAAGCGCGUAACGUGAGUAGGGAGGAAUAGAUUUCUCGUGGCAGUGCAAACAAGUACAAAUAUCGAUUGCCUUGUCUGGGGCGUAUUGUGUCGGCACGGAAACUCGGUUCGCCUUUCACGAACUCACGUGUCGCUGCAUAAGUGUACACUAUUCAUAUGUCGAUGCACAGUCAGUACAGGCACUGCACUUCGCGUUGUAACCAGCAGUCGCGCGUCAUCCUAUGCUUGAGUGCGUACUGCGAUGGCGGCGUCGCAAUUCGCAGAUGACUUAGUCCGGGAUUAUUUGCGGUAUCGUGGUUUUUUUGCAUCCCUUAAGGCAUUUGACACCGAAAUUAAGGCCGACAAAGACAAAGGGUUCCGACCUGAUCGCGUAGUGGAACAUUUGAACACCUGCAUAGAAUCCAUGGACUUGGUAGGUCUGCGAGACACGUGGAGCCACUUGGACAGCCAUAUUUUUCGACGACUCGAGCAGUCUUUUAUUCCCACUGUGCGAAAGUUGGAGAUGGCCCUGCUUCGCAUGUAUGUUGUUACAUGUGUUACCAACAGCCGGCAAGACAAGCUUACAGAGUUCUUCGAUAAAAUGGCACUUGAAUUGCAUUUCCAGGCUGAAUGGAAAGAGUGGUUUGCACUCCCAUUUCUGAAGUGUGUGGAAGACAACCCGAAUUUCCAAGUCUACUUCACUCGCCAGUGGCAAGAGAUGAUGAUAAUCUCCUUAAGGAACUUCCUGAGUGUUGUGUAUCAGAGCAUGGCACUGCCAACACUCCUGAGCUAUGAUGAAGACAUGAACAGGAUGCAGUUCUUGCAAGAGGAAAAUGAAUCUCUAAAGCAUCAGCUGGCAGCUGGCAGGUCUGAAGUGUGUGAGACAGCAGAUGUUCUUGUUGCUCCUGAAGAGCCCAUGGACGACUUCUAUGUAAUCGCACAGGAGGCUCCAGCUGCUGAAGGUGGUAGGAGAAUAUUACCAGCUCUGAUGCGGACAUUUGGCAACAUUCAAACUUCACCUGUGACUGGCCGUAAACUGCAAGCCGACCAAAAGAAACACACAUCAGAAGAGCAAAACAAAACAAAACGACUUCCAGCAAAUAGCACUUCUGAAAGCCAAACAUUGCCCCAAGACACCUCAACAGCAUCUUCUUUACAACUGAAGGAUGUAACAUUAAGUCGGCUUGCAGAGAAGCUGGAACGAGCAACUGCGUCAACUUUUUUCUUGAAGAGCUCUUCUGGUGAGGAAGACAAGUUGCUCUUGCUUAAUCAAGAGGAAUACAAUGAACACCAGUCAUGCAUCACCCAUUGCAAGUUCAGCAAUUCAGGCACUCUGGCCAGUGCUGACACAGCCGGUGUGAUAAAGGUCUGGAGUUCCAACCCGUCUCCAAGAACGCUGGCCACUGUUGUGUCUUCCAAGUCUAGUGUGACAGCCCUGGAGUGGGUGCACAAGCACGAUCACUUGUUGGUUUAUGGGCUCAAGCAGGGAAACUUGCGCUUGUACGACACUAAAGAGCGAAGAACCCUUUUUGAUAUCGUGCCCGAGUCUGCAUCCGUCCUCAAAGAGCACAGUGUUGCUUGCCUAGCAUGCAGUCCAGUGGAACCAGUUGUGGUGAGUUCGCUGCACUCCGAGCCCCCUGUGGUGACAACUACACCAGCCCCAGGAAAGCUGCUUUUAUGGGAUUUGAAAAGCAAGCAGCUACAGGGGCACCUUAAAUGCAGCUCAUCAGUGAAUUGCUGUGUAUUCAGCCACAAUGGUCAACUACUACUAUGUGGCACAUCAGGAGGCAAUAUAUGUCUUUUUGAUGUCAGAACUCAUGAAUGCAUUGCAAACUGGCCAGCCCAUGAGCUUGAAGUCUUUUCAGUGCAAUUCAGCGGAGAUGAAGCCACAUGCUUCUCAAUAGGAGCUGAAGGCAUUCUGAGGCAGUGGAAUGUGUACAAAACAGGGCAGAAGGUGUCCGAUUUUCCUCUACAUGCUGGCUGUAUGGGACCACCAGGAUUCCGACCUGUGGGGAAACUUUUUUCACUAGGUGCUGAUAGUGAGCAUAUCUUAACAUGUGCACCUACUUCUGGAAUCGUAUACAAGGAAGAAAAUGGCAGCUUUACCAAUGUCCUUUCUGUCGGUAGCCAUAAGAGUCAUGUUGUUACUGUGGAUUGGUCACCUGCCGUGGACUGCAGCACUUGUGCUACUGCAUCAGCUGAUGGCUCCAUUUCCAUUGCAACGCUCUUCAGCCAUGUCUGACAGCAAGUACUGUAGCUACUAAACCUAAAACAAUGCUGCAUAAGUUGCCCUGGUAUAUGGGACAACAGCUGGAGCAUUAUGUAAGUAAUGUAAGCAUC